GUUAAAAACAUCUGCGUUCUGUCAAAACGUCAAAUAUUUUUGUUUUCGUAGAGGCUGUGUGUUUAUUACUAAAAAAGUUAAAGAUUUUGCGAUAUUUGUGAUCUGUUUUAACUGAAAAUGAUUAUAAGUGUGUAAGGAAUUAAAUAACUUACUUCUUUCCCAACUAUGGCCGCACAUACUGCCAUUUUUACAUAAAAAUUAUAUUCAUAAAACUACACAAAACACAGUGGGCUUCGUGUCGAAAAAUUUAAUUAAAGAAACCUGUAUUACCAUUGGCUGCACGGCCAUCUAUGAUCGAUAAUUCCUAAAUCGAUUUUUGAAUUAGAAUUUUUUGAAAAUGAAUAAUAUCCAGGAAAAUAACGAUGAAAAUCCACGUUCGGUUCAUAGUACACAAAAAUGUUACGUGCGUUUCGUCAAUAUGACCGAAAGAACCGUAGAAAUCAUGUGGAUCAACUUCAUAGGCCAAUACGUACGAUACAGGAUUUUAGAAAAAGGCAAUUUUAUUGAUGUGAAUACUUACAAAACUCAUCCGUGGACUGCCAAAGAUUUCUUGACCAAAGACGAACUGCACAUAGAUAAAAGGUUCUUUUAUCAUCCCAAAACCACAAGGGAAUUUAUUCAGUUAAGAUAUCCUGAUCGCAACAAUUACCCCGAAAACCACGAAGCCAGAGUUAGAGCGUAUAUUACCCUUCCAAUGUACAGUUUGAGGUUUUUAAGUUUACUCACUGUGAGGAAUCACAUACUGAAGGAAGAUGAUGUUGAACAGUUGAGCCUGCCGAAAAAUAUCAGUGAUGACUUGAAGCGAGCUGUGACCAAGCGAAACAGGGAAUGCUCUCUGCAAGCAUUGAGCAGGCAGUUAUGACCUUUCGUUAGUGUUGUAGAUGAUCCUUACUGAAAUGUAGACUUCGAUACUUUGCUGAUUUGAGCAGAACUGUGAUUUUCUUUUAGAUAGGACAAUAGGUUUUAAGAAAAAUACUCGUCUAAUACUUAUAGUGUGUUUAUUAUAUUUAUGUUUGUGGUGCUUUUUACUAAUUUAAAUAAAAUUUAAGUUUACUAUCAAUAUUAUUUUCAAACUUAAUUUAUGUAUGUACUUCAAGAAUCUAUGUUUUACCUUUAUAUAUGAAAAAUUAUUUAUUUUGUGUUUAUUAUUGUAUUUUUGUAUUAAAUUAGCUUGAUACAA